CGCUGGUUCUCCUGGCUUAGUCAACCGUUGAUUUAUUUCAGCCUCCACGACCAUCGUUUUUAUUUGACGACAUGGAACCAUAUCGUUUCCACUGCGUUACAAUCAGACACAAUGCUGCGUGGAGACUCCAUAAGACCUCGGCGCCCUCAUACGAAGUCAAGGAAUGGCUGUAAGCGAUGUAAGGCCCGGAAGGUCAAGUGUGAUGAGACAAGACCGCAGUGUCACAACUGCAUUAAACAUGGGAUCGACUGUAUGUUCGACAAACCCGCACCCAGUGCUUCAAAUGCCUCUUCUUCAUCGGAGAGAAAACUUCAGAGGGAUACUUCUCUACCUACCAGUACAGCUCCAAGUCCAAAUAACCUUCCGGGGCACGGUGCAUCUGUUGGUCCAGCAAUGGGGGUAGCAGAAAUGGCGCUGCUGCAUCACUACUCGACCUCCACCUGCUACACCAUCUCGAUGCAUCCAAUGCUCCAGAUGGUGUGGCGAAUCAGGGUCCCUCAAGUCGGGUUUUCGUUUCACUUUGUCCUGCGUGCAAUUUUGGCCCUCGCGGCGCUCCACCUGGCUCACCUGAAACCGGAAAACCGGGCACACUAUGUUGCUGAGGCCGAGUUCCAUCAUAAUAUGGCUUUGCAAAUGGCUUCGGCCGUUUUGUCAAAUAUCACCGAAGAAAACGCCCCGGCUAUAUAUCUGUUUUCUACGCUGACUUCAAUUAUCUCCUGCGCAAAACCACGAUUGCCAGAUGACUGCUGGAUGAUCGGUGACCGAGAUAUCGAAUGGCUGACGCUCUUUCGAGGGACAUGGUUCAUUAUUGAAUCAGCGGAGAAUGCUAUCAAAACCAGUGUCCUGUCGCCAAUCUUCAUCAACGGUAUUCGGAGGAGACGUGCGCGCGAGGCCAAAUCGACCACCAAUAUGUCCUUCUUGGAUGACUUACGGCGACUCCUGAAGGAGACCGUGAUGGACGCCAAAGAGCUAGCGUGCUAUCUUGACGCUGUUGACGAGAUGAGCAAAUCAUUUGCUACAAUAGCCGAUGUUGGCCCUGACAAUUGCCAAACGGCCGAUGUGUUCGUAUGGAUUCUUGAAACCUCAGAGGACUACCUCCGUCUUCUUCGCGAGCGCAAGCCCGAGGCCUUGGUCAUCUUCUCCUAUUUUUGUGUCAUAACCAAGGCAUUGGAAUGGGCGUGGUGGAUGCAAGGCUUGAGUACCCAUUUGAUUGAAGGAAUCUACCGCCAGCUCAGCGAAGAACAUCGGUGCUGGUUGCAGUGGCCUAUGGAACAAUUGGGCUGGAUACCCCGAGAUCUAACAUUUAAUCAUGUUCAGCUAGGUUGAGACUUUUUGCCAACAUGCACCUUUUUAUUCAAAAG